AUGUUGGUGCUAUUUGAGACGUCAGCGGGCUACGCUAUUUUCAAGUUAUUAGAUGAAUCAAAGUUAUCACAGAUUGAAGAUUUAUAUCAAGAAUUUAACACUCCAGAAGGUGCUUCUUCGGUUGUGAAACUAAAGAAUUUCAUCAAGUUUGAAGACACCACUGAAGCUUUAGCGGCAACCACAGCCGCCAUAGAAGGCAAGGUGUCCAAGACACUCAAAAAGGCUCUGAAGAAAUAUGUAUGCAAAGAGGUUCAGGAUCAAUUGCUAGUUGGAGACGCUAAGCUGGGUAGUGCCAUCAAAGAAAAAUUUGACCUGCAAUGUGUCUCAAACAGUAAUGUCCAGGAGCUGAUGAGGUGUAUCCGCUCACAAAUGGACAGUUUACUAACGGGUCUGCCAAAGAAAGAGAUGACUGCUAUGGCCCUAGGUCUUGCCCAUUCGCUGUCUCGGUACAAGCUGAAAUUCUCCCCAGACAAGAUCGACACCAUGAUUGUGCAAGCACAAUGUUUGUUAGAUGACUUAGACAAGGAGUUGAAUAACUAUGUGAUGAGAUGUCGCGAGUGGUAUGGUUGGCAUUUCCCAGAAUUGGGCAAAAUCAUAACCGACAAUACACUGUUUGUUAAGAUUGUUAAGUUAAUAGGCACUAGAGAUAAUGCAUCAAAGACCGACCUGUCAGAUAUACUUCCAGAGGAUUUGGAGGAGAAAGUCAAGGAGGCCGCAGAGAUUUCUAUGGGGACAGAGAUCUCCGACGACGACAUUAUCAACAUACAGAAUCUCUGUGACGAGAUCAUCUCCAUAACUGACUACAGGACACAUUUGACUGAUUACUUGAAAGCUAGGAUGAUGGCAAUGGCACCAAAUUUGACCGUGUUAAUUGGGGAGCAUAUCGGAGCACGCCUAAUAGCACAUGCUGGCUCCUUGAUGAACCUGGCCAAGCACCCAGCUUCCACCGUACAGAUUUUCGGAGCAGAGAAAGCCCUGUUCAGGGCACUCAAGACAAAGAAAGACACGCCCAAAUACGGUCUAAUAUACCACGCGCAGCUAGUGGGUCAGUGCAGCACGAAGAAUAAGGGGAAAAUGUCUCGCAUGCUGGCAGCGAAGGCGGCGCUAAUGACUAGGGUGGACGCCUUCGGUGAUGAUGUAUCAUUCGAGCUUGGUGCCGAGCACAAGGUGAAGUUGGAGAAUAAACUGAGGCUGCUGGAGGAGGGCAACUUGAGGAGGAUCAGCGGGACUGGCAAAGCCAAAGCAAAGUUCGAGAAAUACCAUAGUAAAUCUGAAGUUUUCCAAUAUCCAAUUGGGGCAGAUAGUACGCUUGGUAAGAAGUCAAUAAAACGGGAACACUCUCCGGAAGAAGAUGGCCAGGUUUCGGCAAAGAAGAUGAAAUUGGAGGACGGUGAAGAGGAUGUGAAACCAAAAAAGAAAGUAAAAGCAGAGCCGGAGGAUGAGGGUCAUGAUCAGCUGGACAACGGCACGGGAGCACCGGAGAAGAAGAAAAAGAAGAAGAAGAAAUCACUCGAUGCCUCACAGGCUGAAGAAGAGAUGAAAACAGAGAGUAGAAGAACCUCAGGAGCCCAAGAGCGAGAAGAAGAAAAAGAAAAAGAGACAAUCGCAAGU